AGAAAAAUACUGAACAAGUGAAACAUCACACCAACACAAGUUCAUAUUAUAAUUAUAGACUUUGCAAUUCCAGAACUCAUGGCGGACACUUUGUUGGUUCUCAUGUUCCUGGCAUUAUGUGUGGGAUACUUGGAGGGAUUCCAACUUCCACGCUCCAUUCGUGAGAGGCUAUCGCCCCUUGACGACGCUUCAGCGCUGCACAUCAAGCAGGAACUCCAAGCUUCCAGCAGGAUAUCACACGAGUCGUGCAAAGCCGCUGGUCUCUUGUGCGGUGAUGAACAUCACUCCCUUCGUCAGCUUUUUCACCACCACCAUGACCAUCACGACAGGAGCGCCAUGGAAUCCUCCACUCGAGAUCUCGCCCAGAGGACCUUCUUUCAGCUCAAGACGCUUGUUGGUGCCAAGAACAUACAGUUGCCACCGCCACUGCGCUGGGACAACUCCAUCCCUGUGAGUAAAUUCCUUCAUCCGCUACUAGAGCCUGUGCUUGCGUCCAUGAAUCUGUCCCAGCUCCUGUCCACCAUGCACUUCUCGAGCCAGUCUCCAUUCGCAGCGACGAGCAAGGAUAGCCUGGAAAUGUGCUCCUCCCACGGGGGGAUCAAGCACGAGAUCAAGGCUUGUCACGUCUCGGCAAAGUCCAUCCUGGAUCAGGCCUCUUCGACCCUCCACAAGCUCGAGUUGAAGUAUGUGGCCAACACUCUGGAGUUUGAUCCGAACGAACCAUUCCAGGUGGUAGAGACGAGGGUGGUGGCUGCAGAUGGAUCUCUGGCCUGUCACCCCAUGACUUUCCCAUUCGCCAUCUUCAUGUGCCACACAAUACCGAACAGUCUCGUGUUGGAGGUGGAUCUACUGAGAAGUUCUUCCAAGAAGACGAAGCCUGCCAUGGUGAAAGUUCCUGCGGUUUGCCAUAUGGAUACCUCUGAUUUCGCGCCUUCUCAUAUCUCUUUUAAGAUUCUUAACACCAGGCCCGGCGAGGGAGAGGUUUGUCACUGGCUUCCUACUUCUCAUCUCGUGUGGUAUUAAGCUCCAAGCCUGAAUGCUAGAGUGAAUGUAUAGUAAAGUUUGAUCACAAGGAGAAUAACGAUUGUGUGGCACUCCAUGCCUCAAACGUCUUUUAAUGA